GAACCAUUGGCUCCCUUGGCCCGGUUGAUCCUGGCUAGUUUGUGGUUUGAUCGACGCGACCGCAGCCAAAAGCAAUCAAAUGCCAACCUGUGUAUCUGACUCAUGUUCGCUUACCCAAGAACCCACCUUCCGUGUCGGUUGUGUUGGGGCAUUGGUAGCGAGCCCGAUCAUAGUUCAACUUCACGCUAUCAAGCCAUUCCCGGUUUUGCACCUCCAGCAUCCGUUUCUUCCUCCAUGACAACUCUUCCCCGGAGCCAUGGCUUGCUAAGCCGCGACAGAAUCACGGCGUCAUGACCACAGUUACAACGCUGGACUAUCUGAGCCAGCCCGCGUCGUACGCCAUCGGGUUCCACGGCGCGGGCCCUCUCACCACGGUCUUUACCACUCCGGACUUUUGCGCGAGCCUGUACUGGACAGACACGGCCACACCACCGCUCUCGAGCUUGGUGUGCAUGCCGCCAAAAUUCCACUCGCUAUACGCUUAUUCGUUCGGGUUCUAUAGUCCUGGCAUUUGCCCCAAGAGUUGGACCAAAGGAUGCGAGUUUCCGUACGACCAGGCAAGGACAGAUGAUGCGGGCGGGAUGAUAUACUUUGGAGGGCCAGUGCUCCAAAGCGAGACAGUCCAGGUCUGCUGUCCGAACGGAUAUACGUGUCUCACCGACGGCCCCUCUUCCUACAGCAAAUGCGCACACACGACCGACUCGUCAGAGCUAGCCUUUGCCCUCCAGGUUCGCUGGCAGGAGUCCGACCUCAGCAUCCUCGCGACAGACCCGACCGUUCCCGGAUCGACCUAUUCCGCGACCGCCACAGCAACGCCGGGGAGCACGGGGAGCAAUACCGACGCCCCAACGCCGUCUUCAUCCUCCGGUCCCACGAAGGCCCAGAACGACGAUCCCGGCUCGGAGUCGGAGGAUGGAUUGCCAUCGAGCACUAUAAUCGGAAUAGCCAUCGGUGUGGGAGGGGUGGUUGUCGCCCUCGCUGUCAGCGCGGUAGGGUUCUUCAUAUGGCGACACCGCAAGAAAAAGCGCGAAGCCACCACCAACGGCACGCGCAUAGAGUCCAUGAUAUCUGGCUUUGGCGACUCCAAGCCUUCUCCUACAAGUGGGGGUGGAUUCCCGCCGGAUGACAAGGCUGAACUGGAUUCAAGGGCGAGGGCUAGCACGACCGCCCUCAGUGAAGCGCCCGUGGAAAGAGAUGCUGUCGAGAUGCCACCGCUGCAUAUAGCUGCCACAGAGAUGGAAGUGCCCCACUUCGUCGCAGAGUUACCUGGGAGUAUGCCGGCGGGAUACGACGACUACAGGAAUGGCAGCGAGCGAGCACCAGAGACCGAUGUUCCCGGAUCACCACUACCGACCGCAGAGACGUCGCAGAGAGAAUCAGGGGUGUUGGGCCAGAUGGGACACUGGAAGAAGCGGUCUGUGGCGAGGAGCCAUUCUCAAUUGAGGCCGAUCUCACGCUCGUCCGCUUCAUCGUCGUCAACGCAGACAGCACCAACUAUAGAGGACUUCCGGCCAUCCCCAAUUUGACCAGAUAGCACAUUGAAUAUUAUCACGAAUAACAAGAAUAAUACCAGCACACGAGACACCGACAUUCCCAAUAA